AGUCCGAAGGCCCGUUGGUCCGUUUGGUCUUUGCAAUUAUGCUGAGAUCUGAAACCUGCCGAGAGCAUUUUCUUUUUUUUCAAUAAAAUAUAAAUGGAAAUAACUAUGUUAAAUUAUUUUCGAAAGACAGGAAAUUAUUAGUGAAAUUCUCCCCACAGUUAUUUAAGUAUUUUGUCUUCUGCUUUAAUAAUCGGGAAAUUAUACUGAAGUUCCAUUCACUUGGAAUAUUUUCAAUGUGGAAUAAUUUGCUAAAAGAUACAUAACUGAGCUGACAACUCACGACUCUGCAACAAGCAAUAAAUGUACAGUAUAUUGUUAGCCAACAGGCCUACCAUGGUAGUCACCCAAUGUGUUUUCUUUAAAUGUUUUGUCCAUAUUUGAAAUACUUCGGACCAACGGAACUUCUGACCAAAGACCCUUCGGACCAACUAACCAUUCGACCAAAGCACUUCGUACAAGUGCCCUGACUCCGUUUGAGAUCAAAGGGUAUUUUUAAAUUGUCGAUGUCAUUCCUCUUCACUAUAGGCAUCAUCAGCACUCCUGCUUAUUACAAAGGUAAGCCUUAACAAAAAUGGCCGACAACCAGGUUCGUGUAAUUCUCUGGAGCAUUCCCCGCACUGUCUCUACUGCCUUUGUAAAAUGCAUGAGUAAUCUUGCUGAUGUACAGGUCAUAAACGAACCCUAUUUGUCCACGUAUGUCGUAGGUCCAGAUAUGAAACAUCCAUCGCGCGAAGAUUUGCAAGAAAUAUUGAAAAUAUUCGUGAAUAAAUCUAAAGAAGUGAAGUUGAAGUACGAUGGUGGUUGGGAUACAGACAAUGCCACCUACAAAUUCGUGAAAGAAAGUCUUCUGGAGGCAGAAUAUCCGGGCAAGAAGGUAGUUUUCGUCAAAGACAUGUCGUAUGCCGUCACCUGGAAACUCCACAUGUUGCCUCAAGGAUAUCGACAUGCAUUUUUGAUUCGACAUCCUGCAAAAGUAUUUUCAUCUUGGAAGAAAAUGUAUAACACAUUUACUCCUGAUAACGAAGUUAUUAUUGAGAAUGAUGGCGUUUUUAUCCCCAAAAAAUACGCAUUUGGUGAAAGUUUACAACUUUACGAGCAUCUUAUCAAAACAGGAAUUGAUCCUGACCCAUUUAUCAUAGAUACUGAUGAUCUUCUGGAAAAUCCUGAAUUGAUUUUAAAGCAGUUUUGUGAACGCACACGUAUUCAGUAUACAGAUAAAUUAUUGAAAUGGAAUGCUGGAGACGGUAUUAUACAGGAAUGGAAGGCAUCGAAUGUGUUUGUACAAGGAAACGAACUAUUCGGUUUUUAUAAAAAUGCAUUCGAUAGUCAGCAUUUCUACAAGCCUACUCCAGUACCUGGUCGAUCUGAGUUACCAGACGAUGUCAACGCCUGUGUUGACGGUGCACUGCCGUAUUACGAAAAGAUGUACACUCUCCGACUGCGGGCUGAAAAGAUCAAUGAAUAGAAAGUUUUAUUUCAUGUAAUAGUGUGAAUGUGGACAGAGUUCAAUCCCUUUUAAUUAGAAGGUAUGAAGCCAAAACCAACGACAAUUACUAUGCGUUCCGCAACCUUUGAGCUCCGGCGACAAAUGCAAAUGACAAUGCAUAUGCGUUUUUGGAGCCAUGUCCCAAAUCCAGAUCAGCGACCUUUAGCCCACCACUCAAAUUCAACAUGAAACUGUUUAAUGCCUUCCGCAAACUUUUACCUCACAAUUAAAAUCCAAGAGAUAUUGCCUCCUGUGUUCCACAACCUCCAGGACCCAAAUAACAAAAAGGAGUUUUUUGCAACCUUACACAAACACACAUUUAUUACAUAAUUCUCAUUAUCGUCAUUUCGUGUCUAAAAUAUUCUUGACAAUAUGUUGUACAAGCUAAAUAUGAUCCUUCAUUCAGGCAAAAGGCAUGAAUCACCUACGUUGCAACAGAUAUGUUACCAUCCCUGAUGCUACUAUAAAAGAUCGGGGUGUCUAAAAUUUGCUGACAUAACCGUAUUGGUUAUCGUUUUUGUAAGCUUGCGAAAACACUCUAAUGGACAUCACGUUCCGCAUCCGACGACAUAAAUCGUAAUAUCAGUUAUGACUCCUUUUCGCUUCAUUGUUGUUUAUCGUCCUCCCUCUGACUCAUUGGUUAAAUUUUUUGAUGAAUUUUUUUAGUGUCUUGACAAUUGUUCGGGUUGUAACUUUGUUGUCAUGGGGGAUUUCAACAUUCAUGUUGACAGGACGCAUUACCCACGUCCACGGCGUUUCCUAUAAUAUCUCUAUGACUAUAAUCUUUUUCAGCAUGUUUCUGAACCCACCCACCAACUAGGCUAUAUCUUAGAUCUAGUGAUGACUCGUACCCCUACGGUUUCUGAUCUGGUCGUUUUGCAGCAUCUUUUCAGUGAUCAUGCACUCAUUAAUUUUGAAGUUAUUUCUUACAAACCUCCAAUUGCUGGUCAUCGAGUUUUUAAACUAAGGGAUAUAAAAUCAAUUGACAAUGAUAAAUUUAGGACAUCUCUUGUUGAGUCAUUCCGACGGUCGAUUUUCUACCCCAGUCUAAUUCGCAUCAACUUGUUGGUUCGUUCUCUACGACCCUUCGUUGUGUUUUAGAUCUCGACGCUCCUCUUAAAUCGUGUAAAACCCUCGACAGAAAAUAUAAAUGUUGGUACACUGAAGGUAUUCGUAAACAGAAACAUAUUUGUCGCAAGCUUGAGCGCCGAUGGCGUAGGACAGGAUUCCCCAAUGUCAAGAAAUUGUUCUCUGAGGCCCAAGUAACUCUUGGAGCACAACUUCAAUCUGCUAAGUCACUGUGAUUUGCAUCUAGAAUUGAGGACUGCCAUGGCGAUCAACGUAAAUUAUUCAACAUUGCUAGUAGUCUGAUUAAACCCAGUACACCUAAUUACCUCCUCCCACUCCAGUUUUCAACAACUCGCUGAUCGGUCUUUUCGGACUUGUUCUUCUCAAAAGUUCAUAACAUUCAUGCUAGUUUUGAUACGGGUGAUCCGGAACUUACUUUUUGCAAAGAUUAUACUGUUCAUCUGUUUUUGAGCAUUUCACUGCGAUCGAUGAAAAAUCUCUUACUGAGCUUAUGCAUCUUCAUCUAAAUCCACUUGUUCAGUUGAUGCCCUUUUCUACUCCAUUAUUAAAGAAGUUUCUCCCGAACUUAUUCCCGGUAUUCUUCACAUAAUCUAUCUGUCAUUAUCUACUGGAAUUUUCCUUCAUCAGUUUAAGUCAGCUGUUAUCAUUCCUAUCAUUAAAAACCACAAACUUGAUCGAAACUCUUUAACUAGUUACCGGCCCAUCUCUAAUUUGUCGUUCGUCUCUGAAGAAAUGUGAUCUCAGAAUAUUUGACUGAGAAUAAAUAAAUUGAACAGCUUCAGUCAGCUUACAGGCAUACUCAUAGCGUUGAAACAGCUCUUUUGAAAAUCCAUGAUGACAUUGUCAUCGCAAUUGACGAUCGCAAGUCUGUCGCACUUGCCCUUCUUGACCUUUCCGCUGCUUUUGACACAGUUGAUCAUUAUAACUCAUCAGUUUGGGUUUAUAAGCAAUGGUCUUUGUUGGUUUUCAACCUAUCUUUCUUCACGGUCUCAGUCUGUUUGCAUCCAUGAUACUAUGUCACCGAUCAAAUAAUUUCCUUAUGAAGUUCCUCAAGGUUCGGUCUUAGGACCUUUACUUUUUACUUUAUACAUUCUUUGGUUGCCAAGAUCAUCCGUAAUAAUGGAGUUCAAUUUCAUCUACAUGCUGAUAAUAUUCUGCUGUAUCUUCCUUUUGAUUUUAAUUAUGGAUCACAAAUUGCUAUAAAUAGAAUUGAGCAUGACAGUUUUUGAAAUUAAACGAUGGUUGUUUCUGAACAAACUUCAACUGAAUGAAAACAAAACUGAAUACAUAGUAUUCCAUUCCAGAUUUCGUCACCCUAAGCCCACUUUUCCACCCAUUACCAUUGGGACAACGGUCCUUGUGCCUUCUAAAUCUGUUAGGAACCUUGGUGUAGCUUUAUGUAACUAACCUUGAACAUUUUAAUUGUAUAUUUCGGGAUUGUGAUAUCAACACAGAAAGCUACAGAUUGCUUCAACAGAUUCACAAAAGAAAUGGUCACUUUCAAAGCUACUCCAAUCUGUAGUUUCCAUCAUGUUUUUCAAAUCUUCUUUUGCAUCAUCACUCCAUUUCCUUUUAACUUGUUUUACCGCCUUCAUAGAUUUAAUCUUUUGCACAUAAUUAGGCGUCAGUAAAACAUUGUUAUGGUUUGAACGACCCAACUGAGGGCACAUUUUCGCUUGAUAUUUGAAAUGGGAGUUCCCGUAACAUUUAUCGGGUAUUGCUUAAUUUCUGGUGGGCUUGUCCACAUAUUGUGUAAAAGAUGAUACUAGACUGCGACUUAAAUCACAUUGGUUCAGGUGUAUAACUCAAUCCACAUUUUUUUAAUUUAUGCAAAUAUGCUUAAAGGUCCACAAUUCCUCACCCUUACACUACUUGUAAACUGUAGUUUCACCAUUCACGACCAUUCAUAUUCCAUGGAUGCUAUACGUAUCUCUAUCGAUAGGUCCAGGUCUUGUCAUUACACAAAAAUAAAUCUUCCAUUUUUUGGGGUUUUAAAAAUACAUACAAA